AUGGCCACCAUGGGUAUAUUACAAACAGUAGAGGAGGGUAAAAGAACAUCUCCUAAAACUAUUUAUCAUCUCCUAUCUCAGUCCUAGAUCAAAAAAAAAACUCAAACUCAUUACAGAUUCUCUUGGUUCCUCCCUUUCAUAUAACCCUCAAAAGAAAGAAAUGUCUCGAAUUGUCGAGGAAGUUGACCGUGGCCUUUAUGGUCUGCGAUCACAGGAAAUUAUUGCCACAAAUCAGUCAAGAGAUGUCGUCUUAAGCAUUAAUUCCGUCUCAACAUUUUCAACCAAAAAAGGUAUCUUUCCAGUUCAAGAUCAACAAUUCUCUAAGCUUUACAACAAAAAAUUUCAACGACCACUUGUGGCUUUUCUCCUCUCCUCAAUCCCUGAUGAGUAUCAAUGGACCAUGAAUGUUGUCCGACUUGGCUUCAAGGAUAUCCCAUCAUCAAACCCCAUCCCCAUUGUUAUUCAUCUUUUGAUUGAAACACCAGGCUUCUUCAACGGUAACGAGGUUGCUGCUGUCGAGAUCCUAAAUGGCAUGGAGCGGGUGAUCUAACAGGGAACCCAUGAUAAGUAUGUAUUCUUUCCACUUUCCAUAUUAAUCUAUUUUGCGCUAAUAUACCAAAUCAUCAUAUUAACUUCUUUCUAGGAUUUGUAUAGAUGUUUGUCAAAUCAUAGAACCCCCACUCAGAUAUUCGAACGGAAACGCUGGUGAAGACCCUUCCAGUAGAUUCGGACCACUAUAUUGUAAUCCCCCACACCCUCGCUCCUCGAUCGGCAAUAAAGAAUCCAUCUCAGCAGGAUCAUUUACUGGAUUUAUUUCCUACGAAAACAAAAUCUAUGGUCUUACUUGUCGACAUGUACUCUUUCCAGAAUCAGAUUUUCCAGACUCGUCAUCAUACAAAUACAAUGAAAAUGAGAGAUUGGAGGUCUGUAUUCCUGCACUUGUGGAUCAUGAAGUUACAAAACAGAAUUACGAAACAAUAUUAAGGCCUUCCAAA